AUGUCCCAAUCGGUUACUGCACCUAACCAAGGCGCCUCUUCCACUGUGCCGAACAAGGCAUCCGAAGUCGGAUGGCUUUUCGUGCCGCAGUACUACACGUUCAUGAACAAGGAUCCAUCGCGGCUCCAUUGCUUCUACACCAAGAAGAGCACCAUGGUUCAUGGCACCGAAAAUGAGGACGUGCACCCAAGUGUCGGACAGCAGGAGAUUCACCAAAAAGUCCAAUCGUUAGGCUUCCAAGAUACCAAGGUGUAUGUGUCGAAUGUCGAUAGCCAGUCGUCGGCAGAUGGCGGCAUCGUCAUUCAAGUCCUAGGUGAGAUGUCCAACAAGGGCGGGAAAUGGCGCAAGUUUGCUCAAACGUUCUUCCUGGCACAGCAGCCGAAUGGGUUCUAUGUGCUGAAUGAUAUCUUCCGCUAUCUGAAUGACGAAGAUGUCGACGAAGACGACGAAGAUGACGAGGACAACGGCGCGGGUAACCAAACUGCCGAUGCCGGUGCUGCCAAGGGUGCCGUCGAGUCGUCAGAGACACCUUCUGUGAGUGUUGCCGAUACGCCUGCGGCUCGCGAUGCUACUGUCUCGAAGGAAACCUCUUCAUCGCACGAAAAGACGUCGGCAGAUGCUUCAUCACCAUCGAACGCUCCAGCGCAGGAUACAUCUUCUUCCGCUCACCCUGCUUCCCAGGCACCAUCCAGUGCGACCGCUUCGGCUGCAGAGUCUUCAACAGCUGCACCGGCGCAGUCUCAGGACGAGUUGAACAAGGUGUCGUCAGCCAAGGCUAAGGCGACGCCUGCCGAGGCAUCUACUGCGCCUCCAAAGCCGGCCGCACCCAAGACUUGGGCAAACCUCGCAGCUUCUGGUGCGAAUCGCUGGGGCAACACGGCCUCAGAGGCACGCGGACUAUCGGAAACACCUGCUGCUUCUGCUGCCGCGACCACUCCCAAUGAGUCCAAGUCAAGUGCCCCAGGACAUGCGGGCAAGACUGGCAAACCACAGCAGCAGCAGCAGCAGCAGCAACAACAACAACAUGGCCAUGUCUUUGUGAAGAACGUGCCUACGUCUCAGGUGUCGCAGGAUGCUCUUCGCAAGGCUCUCGAGACUCAAUUUGGUCCCAUGAAGGAAUGCCACUUGAACAUGUCGAAGGGCUUUGCCUUUGUUGAAUUUGUACAUGCUGAUGCAGCGCGCCGUGCCAUUUCAGCCAGCAGCAACCAUGGUGGUGUCCGUGUUGGCGAAGCGUCUGUCCUUGUCGAGAAGCGCCGUCCGCAGGAGCGAGGCUCUGGUGGCGGUCGUGGCCGUGGUGGCCACCGUGGCAACCAUGCUUCUCACGCCUAA